AUGGAGGCUCCUGCAAGAGCAGCAGGAGCACCGCCAUCCUCCGCAGUGAGCGAGGCGCUGCAGCAGCACCUGGAUGACUUCACGCAGCAGGGCGAGCUUUCGGCGGCAGAAGCUGCCCUGCCGGGCAAGGAGGCGUUCAGCGCCUCGGUGCGGCUGGUCAAGCUGCAGGGACGCAUACAUGCGCUGAACAAAAAAGUGGCAGAAAUUGAGCACCGACUAGAGGGCAUGCGCAGCCACCUGACGAGGCAGCAGGCAGCCCAGCAAGGCGGCAUCAACACCAGCGCCGGCAGUGCGGGGGGUGGCAGCAGCGCCGGCACCGGAGCUGUCGGCGAAGCCACGUGA